GCCAGCGCCUCGGGGAUCCGUGAGAUUGCCCGCGCGGGUUUCCACGCUGGCGCGUCCUGGGCGCUGCUGCCCAGCGGGCCGGUGUGCGACGCGCUCGCCGACGCGCUCGUCGGGGCGCUGCGCGAGGCGGUGGAGGGCUGUGUCGGCUGGGGAGCCGCGAUAGGGCUGGUGCUGCUCUCGCUGCUCGCGGGGUUCGGCCUCGGGGACGACCUCUGGCACGAGCGGAUCCUGCUGUACCCAGCAGCCAGUGAGACGGCAGGCGCCGGGCUCCCAGGAGCCUGCUGGGUGGUGUACACCCCCGACCAUGACAUGUACAUCGAGGAACUCGAGGGAGGCUCGCCCAACGACAGCCCCGUCGAGUGGCUGGAGAUGCCGCGCGACCUGCGGCUGCCCAGCGGGCUUGGGCGGGCGUAUCGCUUCGAGGAGUCGCCGACGGAGGAGGUGAUGAAGGGCCUCUACCGUCGGGCCUUCUCGGCCGCCCAGGCCGAUGCGGAGGCGCGCGGGGUGUUUCUGGAGGCGCCGGUGGCGGUGCGAACGGCUGCAGGGCGAGACGUGGCAGUGCAGGAGGCGCUCGGGGCCAACUUCUUUGGUGGCCGACGGAUGACGGGCAAGAGACCGCCUCUGGGGCUGGACUUCGGAGGAGACCUCGGAGGCCACGCUGGACCGGCAGCUGCGGCCGCGGAGGGCAUCGGCGACAGCGGCGCCCCUGGGCCUGCGGUUGAGGGCACCAGCACGCCACGCUCGAGCGGCCGUGUCUGGCGAGCAGCCGAGGCCGACGAGCGUUGCCGCAUCGCGCUGGGGGACGAGUUGGGGCCUCCUGCGCACUCGCCCGGGCGAGCCGUGGUGGUGCACCUGACGGGGCUCGACCAGGACUCUUUCGUGAUGAGCCUGCGCGGAGGCCGUGAGUGGCGCGAGGUCGUGGACGCCUGUGAGGAGGAGCCCUUCGGUGACUUCCCAGUGGCAGGGCCCCGGUCAGCCUGGCGGUGCUUGGAUUUCUUGCGGCGGCGGCACACCCCCACGGAUCAUCACUUGAUGUUCAAGACGACGGCGAGGCUCCAGUCGGAGCAGUGGGGGGUGCAGGAGCACGAGCAGCUCAUGAACUACAUCGAGCUGGCAGGCACCUAUGACCAGCUGGCCCUUAGCAGCUGCGCCUUCGCCGAGGCCAUCUUUCGGCGGGCGCAGACCAUCGAGUGGAGCUACCACGAUCGGUUGCGAGAGGCCGACUCGGCCAGCUCCAAGGACAAGAUGAAUCCCGAGGAGUUCUCGGCCUUCAGCGGCUUCAGCAAGGCUGGGGACCUGCUGAUGGUGGCCCCCACGCUCCUCGGGUUCGUGAAGGGCCAUGUCGAGAAGGACGCCGCCAUCAUGAAGAACAUCAGGAAGGCUCGAGAAGAACGAGAGCUCCGCCGCAAGGGUCCCAAGGGGGAUGGCGGCGGAGGGAA